UCCUUCUGUUUUUCACUAAAAGCACUUCACAACCUCCUCGACGCAAGCUUUGGCAUUUUUUCCCCGAUUCAAGCCUUCGCGUUUUCCCCAAUGGGCAACCUUCUCAUUUUUCCCCGAUGCACUUCACUUCCGUUCCUCUCUACACUCUAGCCACAGGAAGAAGAGGCAACAUGAGCAAUUUCUACAAUUUCUUUCGCAAGCCCAAGGACACAAAGAAUAUUCGCAAGAGGAAAAAAGUUGACUUCGAUGAGGAAGUCUCCAUCGAUGAUAUUUUGUCUUUCGAUCCAAAGAUGAAGAAGUUCGCCGAGCUUUCCUUCUCUUCGUCUUGCUCCGAGGUUGGCUUCCUGUUCCAGUUUGAUUCGUCCAUGGAGAUCCAGGUCAAGCAUGAUAGUUGCACCAUGGCUGCACUCGAGAUGAAGACCGAGUUCUCCAAGGAUGCCUGCACCAUCAGCGAGUGGGUGCUGAAGAGGGCAGAGGAGGCUCUCAAGGGCAAGUAAGUCUGGCAGAGGAGCGAUGAUAAGAUAUACAAAGGGAUCCACAGGUACACUAAUUACAUUCUGCUCUAAAGUAAUGUGAUGUUUAUGAUGCAUCUAUUGGCAUGUGUUUUUUCUGAUAAUGAUUUCCUUGAACAUGUAUACUAUUCACAUGCAUUGUUCAAUUAAGGCAUUAUAUUAAGGGUUCGAUCAUUUAAUCUGCAUAGUGUGUUUAUUAGUUGUGCUUAUUGUGUGAAGAUUGUAGUAUGAGAUUUCUCAUGUAUUUUAACCAGUUAUGUGUCAACAUCUUUUCUUCUGUUACUAAGUAAAGCACUUACAUGUAGAAAGGAUAUUUGCUAUACAAAAUUCAUGCGUUCCAAUUUAUCAUAAAUAGUCAUAUCGUUCUUGUAAGGUGAUUCCAGUGUAGGUUGCAUGUUUCUGGUGGCUGGAUUUAUUAAAAGCAAACAUAAAGAUCCUACUAUAAAGUUAAAUUAUUUAAAUACCGCUUUACUUUGUAUUUGGACAUCCAAGCUUAGCAGUGAUGGCAUAAUGCAUGUUUGUUCAUAUCUCAAUAACAAUAUCUUUAUUUCUUUGUAGUUUAUACAUCAUCAAAAGCUAGUAUGUUAGAUCCUAGGGGAUUUGAAACCUUUCAUUAUAAGAUUAGUCCCAUAACUUUGAUUCAAUAAGCUAUAUGUGUUCUUACACUAACACAAGACUCUUUGUUCAACAUUCUCAAGAUUUAUCGCAUUCAAAUGAUUUGGAAUUUGUUUUUCCCAUAUCAAACUAAACUAUGAAUGUGAUUGGACCUUUUACUACUAUAGAAUCAUUUAGUGUCAAUAUGUAUUAGAAUAUGAUUCACUGGGUUAAGAUCUGUAAUUUUACUAGUUAUUGGUGCUUAAAAAGUAGAAAUUUUGUUGUUAAGUUAGGAUGUCCUUGCAAUUAGUUUUAUUCUUUUAAACUUCAUUUUGACACCUUAAUUUGCAUUCAUUAUAUUUACAAUUAUAUAUAUUUUUAGAUAGCAUCAUGCAAAGAAUAAGAAAUGUUUUGUCAGCAACAAACCAACUCUUGGCAUCUUCAAUACCACACGUGAGAUACGAAAAAGAUGGCUGAAGAUACAUAAGAGGAGCUGACAAUGAUAUGUGUCAAACCAAAGGUUACAUAUAAGAUUCUAGCAUUGGUAGAAAAAUUAUGCUUUCUGGAACUAUUAGACACUCUUAUUGGUCACGUUGAUCAUCUAUUAAUUUAAUAUACUGGAUUAUGGAAAAUAACUGAAAGUUUAACUUCAUGAGGAAACGUGGUUAGAGAUCUAAUAUUAACUUCUGAUCUAAUAUAAUUGAAAGUUUAACUCCUGGUCUAAAAUUAUAUAUCAUGUUUUUUAAAUCUUUUAAAUAGUUGGACCAAAAUGAAGCAUUUGUACUUUUGUUGUUAAUUUGCUUUAAAAUGAAGUUUAAGCAUUGUGUUGUCGAUUACUUUGGUUCUUUCUAUCUUUUUUAAUAUAAAAAUUGACUUUAGCACUGUUUAUCUUCUAAUACUUUUGAGAUGUCUUAGCAUUAUUGAUGAACUAUAGUUAACAUGCUUUGCUUGGUUCACAUACUUUGUUUUGUUCACAUGGGGUAAAUUUAGAUUUGACCUUAAUUUUUCUUAAAGACGAUCCUUAUAGAGAAGGGUGAUUAUGCUUGAUGUUAGAUACUUUUGCUAAUAGAUGAUGUUACAAACUGAUGUAGGAUUAUGAAUAUUCUUGUACCCAUCAUCUAUGGUAUUUUUUUUUGUAUGUUUACCUCAUAUGUACCCAUCAUUUAUGGUAUUUUUUUGUAUGCUUACCUCAUAUGUUCAAGUUUUAUGAUGAUAAUUAUGGUUAUCUUGUAUGUUCUAGCAUUUUUUUACCAUUACCUUACAAUUACCUUGCAGUUAUCUUUACAAAUGUAGUUAGGAAUCAAUUAAUAAUUUUUAUUAUUUGGAUUGUGACUAAUUAUAUUACAUUAAAUUUUUAAUUUUAUUAGGGUAAUCUAAAAUAAAAUGGUGGUUUUGAAUGUGGAUAUUGUGUAAUGUGGUACAUAAAAGAGAUAGUGUUAGAUGAAGAUCCACAAUUGGAGAGGUAGGUAAAUUUCUUUUUUAUGAAAUAUCUUCUUUAUGUAAUAUUGAGUCAUUUUGCAUUUACCCUUAAACUUCUGUUAAUGCUUUAGUUUGCAGUAUCAAAAAACAAACAGUAUUACAAUUAAUUUCAGUAUGAUGAAGUCAGAAGUAAAGGAAGUGAAUUCGUCUGGUUCUAUGUGGAUGCCUAAGUGUAAGCUGUGAUAUAAAUUUUGAAUUGUAAUUAGAGAUUUAUGGAUACAAAAGCUUUUGGGCGAAGUUAGUCAAACUUGUACUUUUGUGAAUAUACUUUUGGAUUAUAUUUAGAGAUUUGUUGAUAAAAAAAGGUUUUGGGUGAA